UUCUUUUCUCUUUAGGAGGAAAAAAGAGGAAAAAAGAUAAACUGGUGCAAAAGUUCAGCCCAAAAGAAUACGCCUAUGAGUAGAGUUUCAAUGACCGCGUCCAAUCGGAGGAAGAGCAGUUUGCCACUUUCUCCUUCAGAGGCUCUAUCGGGAUUCCAGUCGGUAUUGGGGGGGUUUUCGAACGCAGGUUGCAGAGUCGGCAGAGUGCCCCCGAGCCCCCGAGAGAUAGUCGGAGAAAAAUGGCAGCGUUUAUGAAGGCUGUGCAGACUAAAACGAGCAUGAAUGGCAUAACAAAAUUAUUCACAAAUUUAUCUUUGACCUCAAGUGUUAUUGAGUCUCCUAAACGUGCAUUUCUUCGCAGUACACCUACUUUGCACUGUGCAUUUAUACAUCUUACAUCAGAACGCCGUGAUUUAAUGGAAUUUUUUGAUGAUCCAAAAAAUUGGGGAAAGAAUGAGGUACGAGUUGGUCGAUCUUGGAAAAAGGAUGAAUUGAGAUUGAAAAGCAAUUCGGAUCUCCACAAAUUAUGGUUUGUCUUAUUGAAGGAACGUAAUAUGCUUAUGACUAUGGAAGAAGCUUGCAAGAAUGCAGAUGAGAUCUUUCCAAAUCCUGAACGUUUGGACAAAGUUCAAGACAGUAUGAGUAAUUUGGAGUCAAUCGUUCGCGAAAGAAACAGAGCAUAUCAUUUGCUCGAGAUAGGGGAGACAGGAGAGCGUCCUGGAAAAUUUGUUUAUAAUUGCUUAGGUAUAAGGUUUUAUUAUCAAAUGGCUCAGUAUUCUAUUCCAAAGUUUAUAAAUACGAGAUGGUAUAAGACACAUUUAUUUGGCUUCGGUGGAUAUGCAACUCGCAAGUUUCUACGCUUGUAUAGAGAGCAACUGUGGAAUAAGAAACGCAAAUCAAGAACACGUAACAGAAAUCGUGUUGCAAUGUUAAUCAGAAAAUUCCCGAAUCUGGAUCUGGAAACUGUAAAAGAACAGUUUCCGGAUGUUGAUGUAGAAAAGGUAAAAACAUCCAAAAGAGCAAGAGGCCAUACUGUACCUGUAUAGGUGCAAUUCUGUUAAUGCAAAUUAUUAAAUGUUUGUUAAUAUAUUUGUGAGAUACUCGAUCGCUAAUACAGUAUACAAAUAUAUAAGUUUA